AUGGCACGCAUAACACUCCUUAAAUUUGUUUCCUUGGUUGCAUUGGCUCUACAAAAAGUAUCAGCUUCCACUGCAGCUUCCUUCCUCCCUGGCACAGCCUGCAGCGGACAAACUGCAGUUGUUUCUCGGUCCUCAGGCCAUGUCGAUAUAUUCUUCAGUGGGUCCGAUGGAAGGGUUUACACCGCUUCGCAAGGUCCGGGAGAUACUCACUUCGGCGCAUCCAAUGUGAUUGGGAACAUCCAAGUCGCUUUCUGCUCCUCCGUCUCCGCUAUUUCUGCUGCAGCGGAUAAAAUCGACAUUUUUGUGACGGGAGCGGAUACCUUUGUCUACACAGCAUCGAGAGAUUCGGAUGGCUCUUAUUCAGCCUGGACACAAUUGGCAGGUGGAACCGCGAGCCCGGGGACAACUAUCACUCCAGUAUCAGCAUCGUCCGGGAACGUCCAAGUAUUCUGGGCCGGGACCGACGGCUACGUGUACGAAGCCGAGCUGCGCUCUAGCAAUUCAACUGCAAUCGCACUGACCAGCGGUUCAAUAGGAGCUGGUGGGCAAAUCACUGCGAUUCCGCGAUUCAACAAUCCGAGCACUGCCGAUGUAUUCAUUUGCGGUGGGAAUGCACAUGUCUAUCAUAUGCUUUUCGAAACGUCAGAUAGGACCGGGACGUGGACCGAUAUAAGUUAUCCCGGAGCUCAUGGUUGUGAUGGUGGUAACCCUGUUACACCGAUCAUGUUGCCAAACGGAGAUCUGCACUUGUUCGUAACAGACCAAGACAACAAUAUCUACACCGCCGUGCGAACACAGUCUCCCGCAGUUGACUUUUCAGGCUGGACGAAGACUGGAAAUCUCGUUGUACCUAGGCAAGCACCAAUAUUCGGCAUCGUCUCCAAGCCCAACACCAUCGAGCUGUACGUCACGGCGCAGGAUUCCCUGGUGUACUUGUCGACGUGGAACGGAGGGUUCAGUCCCUGGACCGCGCUUGGAAACGUAUACACAAUGCCUGCCGCGUCUAUUUCCGGAAUCUCCACCGGCGACACGACGUUCCAGCUCUUUGCAACAACACUCGACAAGAACGUUUCGACGAUCAAUUGGAACGUUGGUCAAAGUCUAUCUUGUGACUGGUGGCAUGUCGGCGCUUCUCCAAUCGCAUGCACUGGCAAAGCUUCCGAUCCAGUUGUCGGAAGUGGGAAUUCAUCCGUAUCCAAGUCCUCAGCCAAUGGGCUUAGCAUUGGCGUCGGAUUCAUAAUUGGGAUGAUCAUUGGAGUUGGGAUUACGGCUGCUGUGGUAUUUUUCUUGCAUCGACGGCAGAAGGCUCAAUUGGAGAAAAAGGCUUCCCUGGAUACACUGCCGAGCAUGCCUCCUUGGGGACACCCAACAGACACUCAUCACAACCCUGUUGAGAUGGAUUCAAAGUCCGAUGGGCAGUGGAAGGGAGAUAGUACAGAACAUCUGUCGGAGGUCUCUGGUACACCUGUUCACCGCUGA